AUGGUGCGUGGAGCAGGGCAGUGGCAAGUCGGGGGACGGGAGGGGGAAGGCGGUGCUGCAGGGACGGCAGGGGACGAGGCACAUGGGGUGAGGGAGGCAGUGGCUGAGAUGAGGGCGAGAGUGGGCCGGCUGGAGAAGAGGAGUGAUGAAGGGGUGAAGAUAUGGGAGGCGCUGAUGGCGGUGUGGGUGGCAGCGGCACCGCAGAAGCUGGGCGUGAAGCUGGCGGGCAUCUCCCAUCUCUCCGACACCGCACUCGCCACGCUGCGCCACCUGCACUGCCUCAGGAGCAUCAUCAGCCUGGAGAGCUCCUCGGGCUUCACAGCAACGGGCGUGCAGGAGCUCUUCGCCUGCCCGCACGUGGGCUGGCUCAGCCUCGCCUGCACCGCCGUCACAAACGCAGCGCUGGAGGGCAUCGGGCGGCUGAGGAGGCUCACGGACCUCCACCUGUCGCACACCAGCAUCACCCAUGUGGGACUGGCUCACCUCGAGGGGUUGCCGCAGCUGCGCGUGCUGGCGCUCACUGGGUGCCGCGGGGUGACAGCUGCGGGUAUGGUGCACAUGGCACGGUUGGGGACGGUGGAGAGGUUGGAGCUGAGGGGCAGUGCGGUGGGAGAGGAGGGGUUGCAGCACUUGACGGCGCUCACCCGCCUGAGGCACCUCUCGGUGCCGCCAGGCGUGAGUGACUGUGGCAUGAAGUACGUGAGGGGAAUGGCUCAGCUGGAGAAGCUGGGGUUGUGGGAUGCCGAGGUGACUGCAGCUGGUGUGCAGUGCCUCUGGAACCUCACCCACCUGCAACAAGUGGCGACGAAUGAUGAGCGCAUUCAAGGCUGGAUUGCCACUGUACCGUCAUACCCCGGAUAG